AUGGAGAAGGAAGUGACGAUAUACAUCAUCGACCUGGCCCGGUCGAUGGGCAAGAAACAUAAUGGCCGGGACCAGAGCGAUCUCGAAUGGGCUCUACAAUGGGUUUAUGACAAAAUCACCAACGUGGUCUUUACUGGUCGCAAGACGCUCCAGAUUGGGGUCGUCGGACUCGGUACCGAUGACACCGACAACGAAAUGCAAGGAGAUUCCAGCUACAGGCACAUCAGUGUGCUACAGCCGGUUGCUCAGAUCCUUCUGGCUGAAUUGCAGAACUUGCCCAAGGUUCUUAAACCCAGUGGCACAGACGAUCGGGACGUUCUCUCCGCCAUCAUUAUUGCCGUCGAUAUGAUGAUGAGACAUUGCAAACAUCUAAAGUAUAAGAAAAAGAUUGUCGUGGUCACAAAUGCAACGGGGAGCCCUAUUGACGACGAUGACAUUGAAAGCACCGCGGAACAAUUCAAGAGCAACAAUAUCGAAUUGGUGGUCCUCGGCGUCGACUUCGAUGACCCAGAAUACGGAUUCAAGGAGGAAGGCAAACCAGACCUCAAGAAGAAGAAUGAAAAGAUUCUGCAAAAGCUGGCCGACCUCAGUGGAGGUAUGCUGGGAACAAUGCAGGAGGCUAUCGACGAGCUUUCUCGACCACAAAUUAAGCCAGUGCGACCAACGCCCACAUACAAGGGUCAACUGAAACUUGGUGAUCCGACACAGUAUGAUACGGCCUUGGCAAUUGAUGUUGAACGGUAUUUUAAGACGUCUGUUAGGAGGCCUCCCACAGCGAGCGCAUAUGUCGUAAAGCCUUCCAGCGCAGAGGACGACGACGCGGAGAGUUUCAGCAACGUCCACAACCUGUACAAAUACAGAGUCAAGGGUGAAGAGUACGACGGCGGGUCCAAGGUUAUAAAUCGCGAAGAACUCGCGAGAGGGUAUGAGUACGGGCGAACCGCGGUACCCAUCUCAGAGUCGGAGCAAAAUAUCACCAAAUUGGAGACAGAAAUGACAUACGAUAUUCUGGGUUUCAUUCCUGCAGAAAAUGUGGAGCGAUACAUGCUCAUGGAUAACACCAAUAUGAUCGUUGCGCAAAAAGGCAACGACAAGGCCGCACUGGCUCUCUCCUCCUUGAUUCACUCCCUCUACGAACUCGGAUCCGUAGCCAUCGGCCGCCUUGUCAAGAAAGAUAUGGUGGAGCCAAUCGUCACGCUCUUGUCACCGCUCGUUGAAGCAGACUUCGAGUGCCUCAUCGAAAACAUUCUUCCCUUUGCAGAGGACGUCCGAUCGUACCGCUUUCCGCCUCUAGACAAAGUCCUCACUGUCUCUGGAAAGUCACUGACUGAACAUCGUAACCUUCCUUCAGAAGCACUAUUGCAGAGCAUGAGUGAUUUUGUCGACAGCAUGAGUCUAGUUGGAGGCGAUGGCGAGGAAGUAAUGGCCAUCGAUGACACAUUCUCCCCUCUCCUACACACGAUCGAAGGUGCGAUCAAGUACCGUGCCGUGCACAGUUCCGAUCCCGAGAAGAAGGACGAGCUCCCGAAAAGACCAGAAGCAUUCGACUCACUCCAAGAACAGCCUCUAGAGCUGCGAGAACGGAGUAGAGGAGCACUUCAACAGCUGAUUGAAGCAGCAGAUGUGAAGAAAGUGCCCAGCAAAGUAAAGGGGAGAAGGCGGUAUCGAGAUAGAGAGGCAGAAAAGCCUUUGUCGGGACUCAAUGUGGAGGACUUGUUCCGCAAGACACGGCCAUCCACCGAGCACGGCAAAGUCCGAAUUUCGGCGAACAAUGCGAUCCCAGAAUUCAAACAGCUGUUGGAUUCGACAGACGACAUGGAAAUCGUAAAGGAUGCGGUGAGCCAGAUGCAAAAGAUCCUGGAAAAUUUGGCGAGAAGCGACUUUGGCGGUCAGAACUACCCGCGCAUCGUGGCCGGUUUGGGCGAGAUGAGGCAGGAGUUGCUCGGAUUCGAAGAGCCGAUGUUGUACAACACCGUUGUGCGUGAGCUCAAGCACAAGAUCUUCGAUGAGCAGCUGGGUGGGAAUAGACGCGAGUUGUGGUGGGCGAUUCGAAAGAGCAAGCUCGGAUUGAUUAGCAAAGAUGAGGAUGAGCGAUCGAGCGUUGAUGCGUCGGAGGCAGACGAGUUUCUGAUCAAGGUACCUAAGCCCCAAGGAUGA